CGGCUCUCGACUCCCGGCGCCAUGUGAGGGGGUUCGGGGGCCGCGGGGGGCCGGGCGCUCCCCGGGGGAGAGAUGAGGAAACUGAGGCUCAGAGAGGUCACAUGGCUUGCCCGAGGCCCCUCAGCCAGUGUGAUCCCACGUCCCUGCCCCCUGGGCCACCUGCAGGACGCCGGCCCCUGCCCCUCAGCAGACGCCGGAGAGAGAUGAGUAGCAACAAAGAGCAGCGCUCAGCAGUGUUCGUGAUCCUCUUUGCCCUCAUCACCAUCCUCAUCCUCUACAGCUCCAACAGUGCCAAUGAGGUCUUCCACUACGGCCCCCUUCGAGGCCGCACCCGCAGGCCUGUCAACCUCAAGAAGUGGAGCAUCAGCGACGGCUAUGUCCCAAUUCUUGGCAACAAGACGCUGCCCUCCCGGUGCCACCAGUGUGUGAUUGUCACCAGCUCUAGCCACCUGCUGGGAACCAAGCUGGGCCCCGAGAUUGAGCGGGCCGAGUGCACAAUCCGCAUGAACGACGCACCCACCACAGGCUACUCUGCCGACGUAGGCAACAAGACCACGUUCCGCGUGGUCGCCCAUUCCAGCGUAUUCCGUGUGCUGCGGAGGCCCCAGGAGUUCGUCAACCGGACCCCCGAAACUGUGUUCAUCUUUUGGGGCCCCCCGAACAAGAUGCAGAAGCCCCAGGGCAGCCUCGUGCGCGUCAUCCAGCGAGCGGGCCUGGUGUUCCCCAACAUGGAGGCCUACGCCGUCUCUCCCGGCCGCAUGCGCCAAUUUGAUGACCUCUUCCGGGGUGAGACAGGCAAGGACAGGGAAAAGUCCCAUUCGUGGUUGAGCACCGGCUGGUUCACCAUGGUGAUUGCAGUGGAGUUGUGUGACCACGUGCACGUCUAUGGCAUGGUCCCCCCUGACUACUGCAGCGGCCCCGCCUACAGCGCAUGCCCUACCACUACUAUGAGCCCAAGGGGCCGGAUGAGUGUGUCACCUACGUCCAGAAUGAGCACAGCCGCAAGGGCAACCACCACCGCUUCAUCACGGAGAAGAGGGUCUUCUCGUCCUGGGCCCAGCUCUACGGAAUCACCUUCUCCCACCCCUCCUGGACCUAGGCCGCCCUGCCUGUGGACCCCUCAUAAGGGGCACAGGAGAGGACUCUCUCCUUCCAGCCACUCAGCCAAGGGCCCGCUCCUGGCCCAUCAAGGCGGGGCGGAGCGUCUUCUGGCCAAUCAGGGCCUUCCUCUGGCUUCCUCCAGCCAAUCACUGGCUAGAAGGCCGGGGCGGGGGGGUAUCUCUUGACCAAUCAGGGAUUUGAGCUUCUAUGGGGUUAAUCAGGGGUGUUGGGGGACUUCUUGUCCCGUCAGGGUCUGAGCAUAGUGAAUCAGGGUAUUUCUGAAGUUAUCUGAGGCUGAGGACAUGUGUUUUCCCAUGAGUCCUUGGUUCAGAGCCCCAGGAUGGACCUCCCGUCACUCCCUGUGGGGUCCUGUCCUGAGGAACUGGGAACUUUGUGUUGCUCCCUCCCUUCCCAGAGCCAAAAAGAGAAGCCACAUGGGAGGGGGGCUGUCUGGAGGCCAGGCCAGGCCACUUGGUAGGGGGCUCCUAGAGGUGGGAGCCGACAUCUGGGUCUUGGCUUCGCCCUGAGUGGCUUUGGACAAAACCUCGCCCCCUCUCUCGUCGCCCUUCUGCCUGUGUCAGGUUCUAAUGUGGAGUCUGAGACCCCCUCCCACUUUCCCCACUGACCUCCUUGGGUCUGUCCUCCCGGAGACUGGACCCCUCCAGCCAACACCUUUAGCUGGGGGGCCCAGCUCCCCGGGGGACUAGGGUUCCCUUCCUCACCUCUUCUGGAAACUUAAGGGUAUUUUUGGGCAGACUCCCACAGAGUUUGGGGGAAAUCUAAGAGGAAAGGGAUAAACCUUUAGCUGUUUUCUGAGUCCCUCCACUCAGCUGCCAUUAGUUUGGCUCUUAAAGAGCCAGGCUCCCUUUUCUGCCAUCCAGCAGUGAGUCUUUCUACCUAUUGGAGGAGACUUUGGGGCUGAGAAGGGGAGAAUCCCAGCCAAACUGGGGUUUCAUGCCCCUUUUCAGCUGCUGGAGUUGUCCAAGGGCCUCCUCUCAGCUGGGCCUGGGAGGGCUCUAGGGGGCCAGGAGUUCUGGGUUCUGUCCCCUCACUCUACAUCAGGCACUUUAUCGCUGGACCUCAGUGGGGAGGGCUCGCCCCUGCUCUUCCAGAGCCUGGAACGGAGACUGGAGGGCUUCCUGGAGAAGAGGCUGUGGAAUGGGACAGGUCAGGGGGAGAAGGAAGAGGCCAGCAGCAAGCCUUUGCACAUUGGGGUGGGGGCUGGGGACCGGCGACUAUCCCGGACUUGGUUUUGUAUUGAUUUGUACAGGAAUAAACCUAUCUAAGCUCUG